AUGGAGAGCAUGUCGAACGGGCCUUUCUACCUUCCAAGAUCAGAUCCCACGUAUGGUGGCACCAUGCUUAUUGAUGGGAUUGUCAAUGAUGGACUUAUAGAUGCUUACAGCCAUUUCCACAUGGGAAUUUGUGCUGAGGAAACUGCUGCUAAGUAUAAAAUCUCACGCGAAGCCCAGGACGCUUUCGCAAAAGCUUCAUAUGAACGAAGUCAAGCCUCUGCUAAAGCCGGCUUCUUUGACAAGGAGAUUGUACCGGUGCAGGUCAGUCUAUACCCUGAAUGA